AACGCCCUAGCGAGCAGUUGAAUCGCUCUUAUGCACGAUUUGUCUUUCAUAGCAAGCGUGAGAGGUUGCUUUGAUUCUGUUUCUCUCUCUCUCUCUCUCUCACACUCGGUCUCACAUUGAGUAAUACUUUGGAGGGAGAAAAAGAAAAACGAGAAGGAAAAGGAGGAGGCUUCAGCUGAGCUCCACAAAUCUGGUGAAACCACUGAAAAGAUCCGAUUUUUUUUUUGUUCGAUUUCUUCAGGAGUACUCUCAUUCUCGCUGAGUAUCAAUGGGAAAAGGAGCGCAAGACUAUGGAAAAGGAGAGAAAUUUGAUGGAAAAGGAGAGAAAUUUGAAGCGGGAUCUUCGAACGAAGAGACAUUUCCUGCGUGGGCAAAAGAGGUUCACGAGUGCGAGGAGAAGUACCAAGUGAACAGCAAAUAUGGAUUAUCAUUGGAAGAAGUAGAAAAGCGGCGGCAGCGCUACGGUUGCAAUGAAUUGGAGAAGCACGAGGGCACAUCAAUUUUUAAGCUGAUAUUGGACCAGUUGAAUGACACUCUAGUGAGAAUUCUGUUAGUUGCGGCAGUUGUAUCAUUUGUGUUGGCUUGGUAUGAUGGCGAAGAAGGCGGUGAAAUGGAGAUUACAGCAUUUGUGGAGCCGCUUGUAAUUUUCUUGAUCUUGAUUGUCAAUGCCAUUGUGGGAAUCUGGCAAGAGAGCAAUGCAGAGAAAGCAUUGGAAGCUUUGAAGGAAAUUCAAUCGCAGCAAGCCACAGUGAUCAGAGAUGGUAAACGGGCUGCUAAUUUGCCCUCGAAGGAACUUGUUCCGGGUGAUAUUGUGGAGUUAAAGGUUGGUGAUAAGGUACCGGCAGACAUGCGGGUUUUGAGUUUGGUAAGCUCAACAGUUAGGAUUGAGCAGGGAUCGUUGACGGGUGAGAGUGAAGCGGUGAGCAAGACUGUUAAGGUUGUACCUGAAAAUUCGGAUAUUCAGGGCAAGAAAUGUAUGGUUUUUGCAGGGACGACUGUGGUGAAUGGAAAUUGUAUCUGCUUGGUUACUGAGACGGGUAUGAAUACGGAGAUAGGGAAGGUGCAUUCACAAAUUCAUGAAGCAUCGCAGAGCGAGGAAGAUACACCAUUGAAGAAGAAGUUAAAUGAGUUUGGGGAGGCUCUAACGGCAAUUAUUGGAGUGGUAUGUGCUGUGGUUUGGCUUAUUAAUGUGAAGUACUUUCUCACUUGGGAAUAUGUUGAUGGGUGGCCGAGAAAUUUUAAGUUCUCGUUUGAGAAGUGUACGUAUUACUUUGAGAUUGCAGUGGCAUUGGCAGUUGCUGCCAUUCCGGAAGGUUUGCCAGCAGUUAUCACGACAUGCUUGGCACUAGGAACACGAAAGAUGGCUCAAAAGAAUGCACUUGUAAGGAAGUUGCCAAGUGUUGAGACUCUAGGUUGUACAACUGUGAUUUGUUCUGAUAAAACGGGCACUUUGACUACCAAUCAGAUGUCAGUGGCGAAGCUUGUGGCUGUUGGUUCUAGGCCUGGUACACUCCGACCUUUUGAUGUGGAGGGGACUAAAUAUGAUCCUUUUGAGGGACAAAUACAAGGCUGGCCAGUGGGUCGAAUGGAUGCCAACCUUCAAAUGAUCGCAAAGGUGUGUGCUGUGUGCAAUGAUGCAAGUGUUGAACAAUCUGGGAAUCAUUAUGUUGCAAAUGGAAUGCCCACCGAGGCUGCAUUGAAGGUGCUGGUUGAGAAGAUGGGACUCCCUGAAGGUUUUGAUGCUGGUUCUUCUUUGGGUCAUGGUGAUCCACUACGUUGUUCUCAACUAUGGAAUGAAAAGGAGCAUCGGAUUGCAACUCUAGAGUUUGACCGUGAUCGUAAAUCGAUGGGUGUUAUUGUGAAUUCCAGAUCAGGGAAGAAGUCUUUGCUAGUAAAGGGUGCAGUGGAAAAUGUAUUGGAAAGAAGCUCAUUCAUGCAGCUGCUUGAUGGUUCUGUUGUUGAAUUGGACCAACAUUCAAGGGAUCUUAUCUUAGAGCGCCUUCGUGAAAUGUCAACAAGUGCAUUGCGUUGUUUGGGUUUUGCAUACAAAGAUGAACUUUUGGAGUUUGAGACUUAUAACGGCGAUGAAGACCAUCCAGCACAUCAACUUUUACUUGAUCCAUCCAACUAUUCUUUAAUUGAGAAUAAACUUAUUUUUGUUGGCUUGGUUGGGCUAAGGGAUCCUCCUCGGAGAGAGGUUCGUCAAGCAAUUGAGGACUGCAAAGCUGCUGGAAUUCGUGUUAUGGUUAUUACUGGAGACAACAAGAAUACAGCUGAAGCUAUUUGCCAUGAAAUAGGUGUUUUGGGGCCUGGUGAUAAUAUUAGCUCAAAAAGUAUAACAGGAAGAGAAUUUAUGGAUCAUCCUGAUCAGAAAAAUCAUCUUAGACAAAGUGGAGGACUUCUGUUCUCUAGGGCUGAACCAAGACAUAAACAGGAGAUAGUUAGGUUGCUCAAAGAAGAUGGUGAAGUGGUUGCAAUGACUGGGGAUGGAGUCAAUGAUGCACCUGCUUUAAAAUUGGCUGAUAUUGGGAUUGCAAUGGGCAUUUCCGGGACUGAGGUUGCCAAAGAAGCUUCUGACAUGGUGUUAGCAGAUGAUAAUUUUAGCACUAUAGUUGCUGCUGUAGGCGAAGGCAGAUCUAUUUACAACAAUAUGAAGGCUUUUAUCAGGUACAUGAUUUCCUCAAAUAUUGGUGAGGUGGCCUCUAUAUUUAUGACAGCUGCCUUGGGUAUUCCAGAAGGCAUGAUUCCUGUUCAACUUCUCUGGGUCAAUCUUGUUACUGAUGGACCCCCAGCGACAGCUUUGGGAUUCAAUCCUCCCGACAAAGAUAUAAUGACAAAGCCCCCUAGAAGAAGUGACGACUCAUUGAUCACUGCGUGGAUUUUAUUCCGCUAUCUGGUGAUCGGGCUCUAUGUUGGGAUUGCAACAGUUGGGGUGUUUAUCAUAUGGUACACGCAUCACUCAUUCAUGGGCAUUGACUUGAGCAGAGAUGGUCAUAGUCUUGUGUCCUACUCUCAACUUGCUAACUGGGGUCAGUGCCCUUCAUGGGAGGGAUUUUCAGUGUCGCCGUUCACGGCUGGGGAACGGGUGUUUGAAUUUGAUUCAAAUCCAUGUGAUUACUUCCAUUCUGGCAAAAUCAAAGCUUCAACUCUCUCCCUUUCCGUCUUGGUUGCCAUAGAGAUGUUCAAUUCCCUUAAUGCUCUCUCUGAGGAUGGGAGCCUAUUGACAAUGCCUCCAUGGGUCAACCCAUGGCUCCUUCUGGCCAUGUCUGUGUCGUUUGGCCUUCACUUCUUAAUCCUUUAUGUGCCAUUUCUGGCUCAAGUCUUCGGCAUCGUUCCUCUCAGUCUGAACGAAUGGCUUUUGGUGUUGGCCGUUGCUCUUCCGGUGAUUCUAAUUGAUGAGGUGCUCAAGUUUGUUGGGAGGCGUACAAGUGGAUUGCGGACUUCUAGUGCAAUAAAAUCUUCAAAGCACAAGGCAGAGUAAGCACCGCAAAAAGACCUUAAUUGGGUCCGUCGUCCCACCUAUAACCCUCAUCCUUUUAAAUUGGCUAGGGUUGGCCUGGACCUGAUAUUUAAUUGGAUUAUUUAAACGGACUUGUACUACCUUUGAAGUAGAAAUUUCUCAGACAAAAUUAUUAGAUCUUACGUUAUGUUUUCCAUGCA